AUGAAUCUCCGAAAAGUAGCGCAGCAGCAGCCGCAGUCGCCCACCAUCAGCACGAGGACAUCCACUCCAAAAAGCCAAGGAAGCGAUUCACAAAGCACACCCCGCCCUCGCUCUAGUCGCAAGAAAUCCACAGAUGCCCCAGAUACCAAAGCUAGAAGAGUACGCACUGGCUGCCUCACUUGUCGCCAAAGGCAUUUGAAAUGCGACGAAGCCGUAGGACGAUGUCUCAACUGUCGCAAAUCGGAUCGCGUCUGUCGGCGGGGUGUCCGACUCAAUUUCAUCGAUACUCAAACUGUGGCGCCUCCACAUAUCGUUGCUCGGCCUCACGGAUCGAAGGUAACAUUUAAAGAUGACUCGCGAUUGAUUGCGUCUCUAUAUGUGGGAGGCUUCGAGAUAUACCCGCCUAUCCAACCGGAGAGUCCUGUUCAAGAGCAACGAGAACCACACGAUGACUUUGGCGUUAUCGGGGAUGAUCUGACAAAUCUCUUCCAAUCGGUGGCGCAUUCGUUUGACCCGUUGAGCUUUGAUGUCCCACAUCCAAAUGUGGCAGAUUUUGUUGGAACAGAUACUUGGAACCAGUCUCACUUAGUACCAGGAGAUGAACUUCUCCCGCACGGAACGUCUCAUUUCGCACAGAAACUUGCUGGGAAACAUGAAUACCAUCCUUUUCUUACUGACCCGGAGCAAGUUUCUCUUCUCAGGACAUUCACGAAAGAAGUUGGUCCUCGGAUGGAUAUAAUGGAUGAAAUGAACCAUUUUUCCCAGAUUCUUCCAGGUUUUGCCAUUGGCGAGCCCAUAUUGCUAAAGGCAUUUCUCGCGUGUGGUGCUAGGCAUAUCUGUUUUAUAGACCCUUCUUAUGCGGAGGAAAAGGCGAUACAUUAUUAUGACGAGGCUACUCGGGAUCUCCUGAAUGCAAUGCAUGAUCCUAACCGUGACUCUGUUCUCUGUGCAGCGGCAGCCCUUGCCCUCGGCUUCUCCGAAACCAUGCCAACCUCAUCAAGGCACCAUGGAGAUCACCGCGCAGGAUCCCGAGCUUUGAUCAGAGAAUGUGGCUGGUCUGCCAAAACCCCCGGGCUAGGGGGAGCAUGUUUCAGGAUCAGCAUUAGUGCAGAACUUCUGAAUUGUAUGCGAUAUAAUUGGGCAUUGUCCUGGGAUCCAGACAUCUGGGGGAUUAACAUGGAGAUGGAUGAUCCACAGGCUGCCGAUGGGGGCAAUCAAGAUAUAUGGCAUCAUCGGAUACUUUAUAUUUUCGCGAAAGUCAUGGCUUUCCAGGCAUCUUUGCGCUCAUCUCACGGUUUAGGUGAUGACGCAACGCGGGCCAUUCAACACGAUCAUGAAUGGAUUAUUCAUAAUAGGUGGUGUGAGCAAUGGGUGAAAUCUAUUCCUCGAUCCCUUGUACCCCUUGGGAAUUUGCAGCCAUGGCAAACAAGUUCCAACUCGGCCUUUCCUGAAGUUUGGCUUGCCAACCGAUCUGCCAUUGUUUCUCGAUUAUUCUACCAUGCCAGUCGUAUUCUGCUGUCUAAAACACACUUUUUCCAGUCAGAGUUUGAUGAGGAUAUGCGGAAAAUGCAACGUAGCCAUGCGCACGAAAUCUGUGGCCUUGUUGCCCACACCACAGACCGUGGUGUGGCCGAAAUAUCCCUGCACUUUCUUAUACUCGCCGCAGAGUGUUUAGAUACACGAGAAGCCCAAGGGGAGGUACUCAGCAUCAUUGAUACCAUCACUAAAGUGACUGGAGCCUUCGCUAAGCUUCCGGAUGACCUCGUACUAGUGGUGGUUAAAGACGUCGCCGAGAACGACUGGAUGAUAACCACCUGGGCGAAUUGUGACGGACAGACUAAAACUAUGGGAGAAACUGGAGAGACAUUCCCAAAGCGCGUUAGGCAAGGCGCCCGGGGUCUCGACAUCGAUUGGUCAACAACAUUGAACAAGUCGUUGGAGAUGGACAAAUCAGUUCAAGCUCAGUCUCAAGCUACCCCAGUAUACAUUCUUCGUGGGCAUGCUUCUCCAAUUCAUGCCCUACACAUCUACAGCCACAAUUUACGGCUUGUAUCCGGUGACGCCAAUGGUUGGAUCGUUGUUUGGGACCUGGUCACCAAACGCCCUGUGACAGCAUGGAAGGCUCACGAGGGAGCCAUUCUAGAGGCAAGAGGCUUUAAUAUCGGCGAAGGUGCAACGGAAAUCUACACACAUGGCCGUGACCACAAACUAUGCGUGUGGAAGCUUAGACCAGAGGAUGAAUCUUUCCUCAAUAAGACGCUCCCGGUGGAUGCGAUGGAGUCUGCGGAGCCAGGAACCAAAGCCCAGCCAUGGUUACUCCAUUCCUUGCCCGUGAAUGCACUCAAUUUCUGUGCACUCUCAAUGACAUUUGUGGAUUCGGACGGGCUUCCCGGAGUGCCAUCCAAAUCUGGUAAGCCAGAGAACACUCUCUUCGCAGUACCCAAUGCCUUGGACUCUGGUGGAGUCGAUAUCUUUCACCUACCCUCUGAGCGCAGGAUCAGUACUAUUCCUUCCGAUCAAUCGAUCAAAACGGGCAUGUUAAUGGCUGUAAAUCUCUUCGCGUCGCCUUCUGGGGAUCUCUACGUCGCCUCUGCAUAUGAAGAUGGCCAUGUGAUGGUCUUCGUUCAUCGUGGAGCUCUCAAGUCGGCUAGCUUUGAGCGUGAGUAUAUGAACAACAUCCCUUUGAAAUGGGACAAGCUGUAUGCUGGCCGCCCUCAUUCCCAGCCGGUCCUCUCUUUAGAUGUCGCCCCCUCUCACGGAUACUUCAUAUCUUCUUCUGCGGAUGCUCUGGUCAUCAAGCAUCCUAUCCCCAGCCUAGCUUCUGCGGGUUAUAUACCGACCGCUGGCUACAAAGAAGAAUCUCCCUUGAAGAUUGUCAACACAAAGCAUUCGGGCCAACAGGGUCUGCGAAUUAGAUCCGAUGGGAAGGUAUUCGCUACUGCUGGCUGGGACAGCAGGAUCCGGGUAUACUCGGGCAAAACCAUGAAAGAGCUGGCUGUGCUAAAGUGGCAUAAGGAUGGUUGUUAUUCUGUAGCGUUUGGGGACACUGAAAGCACCUCGUCACUGGUGUCUUCAUUGCCCGGGUCUACAAAACAAGAAACUCGAGAUGCAGAUCAGGGCACGGCAGGACCGACGACCGUCGAUGGGCGUGGCUACUCUCUUGCAGCAGUGCAGCAACAGCGGAAUCAGAAAGUACAACAAACUCAUUGGCUAGCGGCUGGGUCUAAGGACGGGAAGAUUUCAUUAUGGGAUAUCUACUGA